AGGCAAUGGCGAGACACGAAGACCUCUCUGACAAGUCCUCGAGUAGAUUCGAGGACAUUUCUCGACCGGGAAGACCCUCCUCGCCCCCACACAAAGACAUGGAGUUCCUGCGGGCGCUGAAGAAGGACGUGAUGGUGGCCAGAGAGCAGUGUUACCUCCGAGGACUCCUACAGACGACGAAGUGGUUGAGUGAGCUCCUGUACUGUGUCCGCGAUGUGAAGUUAGACGAGCCCAUGCCAUCAUCACACACCUACUAUGAUCAGCUAGGAGAAGAGCUGGACCACUAUCAUCUAGCAAAGUCGUAUUUUGAUCUAAAAGAAUAUGACAGAUGUGCCUACUUUACCGAAGACUGUACAACAGAUUUAGGGAAGUUUCUACACUUAUAUUCGCAGUACCUUUCCGGAGAGAAGAAAAAGAAUGAGGAUAUUGUUGAUCCAUUGGUGACCAACGACCAGCACAAAGGAGCAUACCUGAAGGAGCUACACACCGAACUCUCAAAGAUGUACAAGCAGCACACUUCAUCUGCACCAGAAUCUGGUGAGGGUGAGAUUGACGCAUGGUUGCUGUGGUUGUAUGGGGUAGUUCUCAAGCGCCUAGACCUCACAAGACAAGCGGUUGAAGUCUUGUGCCAAGCCCUCCACCUCGAGCCCCUCCACUGGGGUGCGUGGCUCGAGUUGGCUGCACUUAUCACUGAUAGAGAGAUGUUGAGCACAUUGAAGCUACCAGAUCACUGGAUGCGCAAGUUAUUCCUUGCACACACGUACCUGGAACUGCAACUGAAUGACGAGGCUUUGGAGAUCUACACUGGCCUACAGGAGGCUGGUCUUUCCCACUCCACAUAUAUCAUGGCUCAGGUAGCCAUUACGCACCACAAUCAGAGAGAGGUUGAUCAAGCUGUGGCGAUAUUCAACGAGCUAGAGUCGCUUGACCCAUUCCGUCUAAACAACCUAGACACAUACUCGAACUUGCUUUACGUCAAAGAAAUGCGGGUGGAGCUCUCACACUUGGCACACAGGGUAGUGCAAGUGGAUAAGUACCGGGUGGAAACAUGUUGCGUCAUAGGAAACUACUACAGUUUGCGCUCACAGCAUGAGAAGGCUGUACAGUACUUCCAGAGAGCACUGCGGCUUAACCCUCAUUAUCUAGCUGCCUGGACACUCAUGGGCCAUGAGUACAUGGAGAUGAAGAACACAAGCGCAGCAAUCCAGUGUUAUCGACAAGCUAUAGAUGUUAACAGAAGAGACUACAGAGCAUGGUAUGGCCUCGGUCAGACGUAUGAGAUUCUUAAGCUUCCUGCCUACUGCCUUUACUAUUUCAAACAGGCCCAGAAACUACGCCCUAAUGACUCUAGGAUGCUUGUUGCUCUUGGGGAGAGCUACGAGAAGCUGGAGAAGACGGACGAGGCCAAGAAGUGUUUCCUGAAGGCCCACAGUGUAGGAGACAUUGAGGGCAUUGCGUUGAUGCGGCUGGCAAAGCUGUACAGUCGCCUAGGGGAGGGCGAGCAAGCGGCUGUCCUCUAUGAGCGCUACCUGCAAGAGACCGAGGAUGCAGACCGGUGCGAGGACCGAGGCCAGGUUUACCAAUUCCUGACGAGUCAUUACCUGCAGAAGAACAUGCUUGACCUUGCCUAUGACUAUGCCCAGAAGUGCACGUUGUUUAUGGAGACACGGGAAAGUGGGAAGACAAUGCUAAGGGAAAUUGCCAACAGAAGACAGCACAUAGAACAGAAUACACAGGACGACUGUGGGAGUGUACUUGUGAGUCGAGUAAGGCCGAGAGUCAGCCAUGGGGGAGAUCGCUCGGCAGCCACCAGAUUGCCGCCGCUGAACCUCACUUACACGCCUUAAUGCAAGCGAGCGAGAAAACAAAAUGUCCUUUCAGUCUUUGUUUUCCUUUUCUUUUUUUUCCUUUCUUCAAUUCAUCGCUCUUUCAUAACAAUUUCCUCAUUUCAUCGAUACCAGUGUGUAUUUAGUUGGUAAGGUUAAAGUUUCAUGCUUACUAAAUUGAACUCGUAUGUGUAAAUACAUAUUACAAUUAUGAAUUAUUAUUUUUUUAUCCCAGCUUUUGGGAGGUUGAUAUUGUUCAUGUCUUCUUCAUUGAUGAUCAGUUUUGUAAGAUGUAAAUGAGAAUAAUUGGAAGUCUGAUAAUAGUUAAGAUUUACAUGAAUGUUGUUAUAUGUCUGACAUUGUUUGUAUGAUUGUAUGAACCUUUUUUUUCUUUGUUUUGUCAUUACUUUACAUUUGUCUAUUCUUAUGGCAAUAGUUAACUUUACAUAGCCUCUAUUGCGGUUAAAGAUUUCAUAUAUUGUUUUUAUAUUUAAAACUAAUAAAAAAUGAACAAAACCUGUUUUUAAGAAUCCUUGAGAAUUAGAAGAAAAUAAACCAAUACAUAUAAAAUGUUGAAUAAGUAUAGAAUAGUCUAAAUACCAUAUAAUUAUUCAAUUAGGAAUAAUAUCUUUAAAAAUUACCUUCAUGACAAACCAUAAAUAAUUAAAACAUUUUCUUGCAUGAUUAGGAAUAUAAAAAAACACCUUUUUUAUCACUAACAGUUUAUUUAGCAGCCUACCAUCAUAAUAAUAAUAAUAAUCACCACCAAUACAGAUCACUCUGGACUUGAGAUACUAGUUUUAUAUCCUUAUAGCUUAUUAACUACUCUAAAGUCAUUUGUUGGCUGUUGUACAACCUUGAUGAGUUUGUCACACGUCAAGAAGGGGGGAGGGGGGGUAGUAGCAUUGGGGGGUUAUGUCUAGGAUGAUCUGCAUAUAAGUGACUGCGAAUAAUAAUAAUAAUAAAAAAAAAUAUGUAUUACAAAACAUUUCUCAUCCAUUUAUUUUCCAGGACACAAGUCGCAGCUUCAAUCAUUAUCUUUUUUUUAUGAUAUAUCUUGACUCGACUCAUAUCCCGGCAUGCUCUUCCAAGGUCGAUGAAUCCCACAAUGCGCUCAAAACAAAUAACAAGCGAAUUGCAGGUUCCAGAGUCCUUGUUAAUCCUUCUUCCAAAAUUACGAAUCUGAAAGUUUUUAAUUCCUACAGUAGAAGUUUUUAGUUUUACUUUUUUUUUCUUUUUUUUUGUGAGGAUUUACAAAUAUCCUUGAUGCAUGUUCCUUUGCUAUAAUUAGAUUAUAAGAAGGGGACAUGCCUCAAGGUUUAAUCCUUUAUAAAAGAAAGAAGGAAGACUAAGACAAAGAAAGGACAAUAAGGAAAGAAAAAGAAAAGAAAAAAAAAGGCUACCAAACUGUCAUAAUUUUUUUGUUUUUUUGUAAGUUUUUACCUAUCUUUUUUAAGACUGAAUAGACAAGGUAAUACAUCUGAAUUGCUUUUUGAGUAUAAAAAUUCUAAUAGUCUGUAAUAAAAAGGAGAUUCCCUUGUCUUUUCUACGAGAUGGCGUUACAUAAGGCACAUAAGUCACAGAAUUACUUUCCAACUGAUAAGCAAUCCUUAACACUUCUUUGUAUGCAUUCCUACCCUAUCUUAUACUCUCAAGGAAAAAAAAAAUCAAAGCAGAUUCAAAAAAAUAAAAAA